AAGACCACUGCAGUUCGCUCAGGAGCCCGACCCAUCCAGCACUUUAUGCUAGAAAGGUGCCACAUCCACAACCAUGGAUAAAUUGGGUAACAGUGCAUAUACCUUCAGUGGAGAUGAUGUCUCCGACCUGUUGGAGAGCAUCAGCUUCUCCCCUGACUACGACAACGAAAGUGACACCUGCUGCUCUGUGCCACCCUGCACCUCCACGAGUAUCCAGGCCUUUGACAGGGUCUUCCUGCCAGUCCUCUACAGCCUGCUAUUCCCACUGGGGCUAUGCGGGAACUGCAUGGUGAUGGCUGUGCUACUGCAGUGCAAGAGGUCCCUGGCUGGGACCGAUGUGUUCAUCCUUAACCUGGCGCUCGCUGACGUACUGCUGGUGGUGACACUCCCCUUCUGGGCAGUUCAGGCCGUGCACGGCUGGGUCUUCAGCACUGGCACCUGCAAACUGGUCGGCUCCAUCUUCAAGAUAAAUUUCUACUCCAGCAUCUUCUUCCUGGUGUGCAUCAGCUUCGACCGGUACCUCUCCAUCGUCCAUGCCGUGCACAUGUAUAAGAGGAACAAGUCACAUCUGAUGGUGGCCAGCUGCCUGGUGGUCUGGGGCAUCUGCGUCCUCUUAACCAUGCCAGAUUUCCUGUACCUGGAAGUCAAGAAGGACUAUCGCCUCAACAUCACUUUGUGCUCCCACAACUUCUCCAUCAACACCUCCCGGCACUGGAAAACGGCCCUGAGCAUGUGCUACCACAUGUUGGGCUUCUUCCUGCCCCUGGGAGCCAUGCUGUACAGCUACACCUGCAUUAUUCACACUCUGCUGCGCUCCCAAGGCUUCCACAAGCACAAGGCCAUGCGGGUCAUCCUGACAGUGGUGGUGGUUUUCUUCGUGUGCUGGACACCCUACCACCUGGCCCUGCUGGCAAACACGCUGAUCGACCUGCAGGUGGUGGGGCGGGACUGUGCCAUGGAGGCCAGCCUGGACAUCGCCAUGUCUGUCACUGCCAGCCUGGGCUACUUCCACUGCUGCCUCAACCCCCUGCUCUACGCCUUUGUCGGCAUCAAGUUCCGCAACAAGUUCCUGGAGCUACUGGGCCACGUGGGCUGCGUGAGCCACGAGUUCCUGCGCAGACACGUACAGACACCGAGCCAGCGCAAGGACUCCACCUGGUCGGAGACCACUGAAGCAUCCUACUCAGGGCUCUAGGGGGGAGCUGGGGCUGCAAGGGGAAAACCCCUCCCCAAAGAGGUGUGGGGGAGCUGGGGCUGCAAGGGGCAAACAGCUCCCCAAGGGGGCAGGGAAGGGGAGAAGGGGCGGCAAGGGGUGAAACA